AUGGCAGUCGUUUUACAAGCACAAGAUGCAGUGGAUUGGGCUUAUAGAGGAGAAGGGGCUGUAAACUUGGUUCUUGCUUACAUUGGAAGCUCGCCUGAUUUUGUAGGGAAGGUGUUAAGGGUACCAAAAGUUCCAAAUAAAGGAUCUGAAUGUGAGAAUGGUCAUUCACCUCUAACGAAGCUUGAGCACAUCCUGUGGGGAGAAUUCGAAGGAAUUGUUUCAGCUCGUAAUAGGGAAAUUGCAGAGCAACUUUAUGUGCAAAAAGUAAUGUGCCCAUUGCUGGGUUUUGAACAUGUUGAUGCUGGGAUCCGACUUAUUGUGUCGAAAGAAUUUUUGGAGGCAGUUGAAAACAAAGUUCUCCUCCAGCGUCCUUCUUGGAGGGUUGACGCUGCAAAAGUUAACUCCUUGUGUGAUUCAGUUCUUCUCAUUGCUGACCAUUCCAUAUUUCCUCGUGUUUCAGGUACUCUGAAAGAAGACUUCUCUGUGUCUGUUGAGAUAAAGCCCAAAUCCGGAUUUCUUCCUACUUCGGAAUUUAUAGCUGAAGAAAAUGAGGUCAAGAAAAGAAUCACUCGCUUUAAAAUGCACCAAGCUUUAAAACUACGUCAAGGGAAGAUAUCCCAAAUAAGUAAAUAUAAUCCACUGGAUUUGUUUUCUGGGUCCAAGGACAGUGUACAAAAUGCAAUUAAAUCCCUCUUUCUCACCCCUCAGAAUAAUUUUCGGGUAUUCCUAAACGGUUCACUUAUCUUUGGUGGCAUGGAUGGUUCUGCUGAUAGUCCAAGUUACAUGGUUGAUCGAGCAUUCCAGGAUGGGAUUAAACGUGUUAUUGUGGCAAAAGAUGGAAUGCACACUAAAUAUUUUAUGGAACUUGUUGCUGAAACUAUAAUGAAGUCUGGCUUGUUGAAUCAGCUUCUUCAAGUCCAAAAGCUUGAUGCUUUUGAUAUUGAAGGUGCCAUUCAUGCCUACUAUGAUGUAGUUUCCAAGCCUUGUAUAAUAUGUCAUGAAAAAGGUAGAAGGAAACUAUCGGGGAGAUAUUCAUCUUUACAUGCAAUGACAAGGGAUGAAAAAUUUAAAGUUGUGAGGGAUUACUUGAUAUCUGCCACUGGAAAGGACCUAAGUGUGAUGAUUAGUUUUAGACCCAGAAGAAAUAAUGAUCUGGCAUCUCCUCAUGUUGUCUUUCUGGAGUCAACCAAUCAAGCUUUUGAUUACAAGGCAUCAUUCAUCGACCUGGACAUGAAACCACUGAAGAAAAUGAAGCAUUAUUAUGAGUUGGACCAGCAGAUAGUCAGAGCCUAUGUCCAGAUGGUAAAAGAUAAGGAAGCGAUGGAUUAUG